CUUUUCCAUGAACCCGAAUCCCGUUUUGCGCUCGCCGACUACUUCGAUCCGUUUUUUUUCUCGGACACAUACACAGAAGUCGGAAAGGCGACUCCAGUUUCUUCCAGAGAGCGAAGUACGUUUGUUGUCGGAGAGAGAUGUCGUCUUCAUCUGCAAGCGAUCCUCGGCAGCCGUCCAGCGCCAAACCCUAUGUCCCACCGACGGUUGCCCCGCAAGAUCUACCCGUCGAUUACUCUGGCUUCAUCGCUAUCGUCUUCGGAGUCACCGGCGUCAUGUUUAGGUACAAGCUUAGCUCUUGGUUGGCUAUAAUAUUCUGUGCUCAGUCACUGGCAAACAUGAAAAAUGUGGAAACUGAUCUGAAACAGAUAUCCAUGGCCAUGAUGUUUGCCAUUAUGGGAUUGGUGACCAACUACUUCGGGCCUUCACGACCGGGCACUGCACAAAGCUGAGAAUCGAAAGAACUGUACUGGUAUUUGAUGGGGAAUUAUUUUUUUCUUUGAUUGCAAUUUAUCAAAGAGUCUUCCUGGGAAUUCAGCAAAACAAAUGAGCUUGUUAUCUUUGGGAUGUUACUGAACUGCCCAACUUCUCUCUUUUUUGGUCUGUGCAACACUUGAUAGUGCCCGUAUCUGGUUCCAAUUGUCAUGGUUUUGGGGAUUGCAGUGUGGCAGAGCUUCCUUGCUCUAUCCACAUGUGGUAGACCCCAACUGAAAUGGACAUGGAUUACAAUUUCAGAAAAAAAGAAAAGCAUGCUACCAGUUUUGCUGAAA